GCAAACCCAAAAUCCAAGAAGAAGGUGAAGAAUGGCAAGAAGGCCACAUUCCGCCGUGGUCAUGGCAAGCGCCCCAAGGGUCCCAAGGGUGCUGAGGGUGGUGUGGAUGCUGACUCGGACCAUGCAUCAGCGCCGCAUGAUGAUGAUGAAGUCAGCGACCAUGAUCCCAGUGAUUCUGAGGGGAGCUACCGUGGAUACAGCCUCAAGGGAAUCCCUUCGCAAGCACGACCUUCUAGCAAUUCUUUGGGCGCACACAGCUACACCGUGAAGCGAGGUGAUGCCAGGAUCGAGGUGUUGCUCCGACAGCGAGCUUUCUACGUGAAGGGUGGCGUUUCCGGGCCCCACGUUGCUUGGAGCAAGUUUCCCACGAUCUCUGAUGCCUGGAUUUGCGCCUGCACAAGGGCAGGCGUACUCCCAUGA